UUUUUAUUUUUUUUUUAAAUCCAUUUAACGAUAACAAUAUCAGAUAUUCAAGUUUCAGUGAUACAAGAUCCCAAUCAACUGAUUAGCAAAACAAAUUUUCUAACGCGUCUAUCUCCUAUCUUUAUUUGUUUACAAUAGCGUAAACAAUUGAUUAAAAAUGAUAGUUUAAGAUACUAGCAAAUACGAUCAGAGUUCAAUAGAUUAAGCGUUUGGUUAUUUCCUGGAAGUCAGAUUGACUUGACGCCUGCACUCAUCGUACGCCGAGGUGAUCAAGUAAAGUACUUGUACUUUUAUAUUUUUUUUUUUGCAGCUGAUUGAUAAAAAAAUAGGUGAAAGAACUUAUUUUUCCCCGCGUGUCAGAACGCGCAAACGCGAAAGGAGAAUCUUUUGAUCAACAUCUCGACAGGGCGAAAAGGUAUUUAGCUGAGUCGGUGAUGUUAUGAAAUGUCAGUCUGUAACUGUCAGCGGUUGCUCUAGAAUGGGGAGCAGGUUCAACUCCGCUUGCUGUUUUCUCUAGUCAGUGACAAAAGAAUUUUGCAACAACGGGGUCUUUUACUACGGCUCCAAGUUUAGAAAAAAUUAUUUGGAAGUCGUGGAACGUUAUGCCACGGCCUCAAUCAAGUAAAAUUAUUUUGCCCAUGUAUAAACGUCAACGAAUCAAGAAUUGCCUUGGUGAAGAGAAUAUCAAAUAACGUUCAUUUUAAUAUUAAUUAAACAAGGAAAUAUAGUUGAGCGACUGCUGAACUGGUAAUUCAACAGUUUUAAUAUUUGUUACUCGAGAAAUCCCUUCCAAACAUAAAUGAACUUUAUAAAAAGUAUCGUAUUUGGAAAAUACCUCAUAGUCACAAACACCGUGAGUUGUGGCUUGAUGAUGGGUAUUGGGGAUAUUUUACAGCAGCGCAGCGAACAAUGGAAACGUAAAUAUUUACAAGUGUCUGCUGAUCAGGAGCUAGAUAUAAUGGAUGAUAAAAAAAAUACUUUAUUCUUUGUCCAAUGCUCGAAUAAUUUCAACAAUGAUAAUCAAAGUAAUCAACUGGUAAAUCUGACGAAUAAAUUCGAGGACGAUUCAACGAGCAGUGGUCUUGACGUCAUCCGCACUCGAAAUAUGACAAUGAUUGGAAUUAUCCAAGGGCCUUUUCAUCAUUAUUUUUACGGAUUUUUGGAUAAAUUUUUGCCAGGAAAAACAGCCACUUCAGUCGUUAAGAAAACAUUCCUCGACCAAGUGAUUGCCAGUCCUACAUGUCUUUCUAUUUUCUUUUUCGGUCACGAGAUGCUAGAGCAGCGAGAUCUUCGCUUGAUCUACGGGGAAAUUUUGGCGAAGCUUUUAGAGACUUAUAAAGUGGAUUGUUGCUUUUGGCCACCCACUCAAAUAGUCAAUUUUUUGUUCAUACCAAUACAGUACCGCGUGAUUUAUAUCAACCUAAUGAAUGUUUUCUACAACAUAUUUUUAUCGCACACAAAAUAUGAUGCUGAAUAAAAACUGGAUUGCGCUCUUAAAUAUCACCUACUUAAUUUUAUCUGAUAAUAUUUAAAAAAUAUGUAAAUAAUAAUUUAGUAUCAAUAAAUAUAAAUUUCAA